AAUUUAAAUAAGACUAAAGAUAAUAAAGAGAAACAAAAGAUGCCCGGACACUUGAGCUGAACAAAGACAGUUAUAAUAAACAAAGAACGGGAUAACGCGAUUACUUGUAGCGUGUGUAUUGCAUUGUGGGGUAUUUUAUUUAUAAAUUGUAACUUUGGCGUCUUACGUUUUAUAUUCGCGUCUACGGGAGGUCGUACCGCCACAGAUUUUCUAAGAUUUUGUCUACAAAUCGGCUUCCCGCCAUGGAUAAUGGAGAGGAUCAGGUAGGAAAUGGAAGAAAGGAAGAAGUCUACCAUGACGCCGAAGAUAUGUGCCUCAAUGGUAACGGAUUCGAGAGCCACGAUGGUACCAAGAAAAUUCCAUCGCAUAACGACGAAGGUGAUGCUCUCGGUAGACCUGGUGAGCGUCCUGGAGAGGUAACAGCCCAAAUGCCAGUAGCCAAAUAUGCCACCCACUAUAAAAUGGACCACAAGCACAGGGGCAAAGCCCUAAUUUUUAACCACGAAGUGUUCUCAUGUGGCAGCUUGAAAUCCCGUUCUGGCACUAAUGAAGACUGUAGCAACCUGGAGAACUGUCUGAAAUGCCUUGGGUUUGAUGUGGAGGCUUAUCAUAAUUUGACUUAUGCUGAAUUGGAUGCUAAAAUUAAACAAGUUGCCGACAUGAAUCAUUCAAACCAUGACUGCCUUUUUGUGGCGGUACUUUCCCAUGGGGAAUUGGGAAUAAUUUAUGCCAAGGAUACCGCUUAUAAGCCGGAAUCGCUUUGGUCCAGAUUUACGGCAGAUCAAUGUCCCAGUCUAGCAGGAAAACCAAAAAUGUUUUUCUUACAAGCUUGCCAAGGGGAUAAACUGGACGGGGGCGUGAAUUUAAGGUCGAAUUUAGGCAGAACUGAAACUGAUGGGGAAGUACAUCAUAACAGUUAUAAAAUACCUGCUCAGGCUGACUUUUUGAUUGUGUAUUCUACUGUUAAAGGUUACUACUCUUGGCGUAACACGACUAAAGGUUCCUGGUUCAUUCAAGCGUUAUGCGAAGAAUUACGUCAUCGAGCCCACCACAGCGACUUACUGACGAUAUUGACGUUCGUUUCCCAACGCGUCGCCCUGGAUUUCGAGAGUAACGUCCCCGAUAACCAGUCGAUGCACCGGCAAAAACAAAUUCCUUGCAUCAUGAGCAUGCUCACCAGAUUCGUUCAAUUUACUUCAGUGGCAGGCACCAUGUUGGAUAAUAAUAAGGUAGAGAAAGAGGGAGACAAAUCGAAAAAUGCCUUUACAGCAUUUUUCUCCAGUAAAAAGUAGAUUGUAGAUUGUGAUCGCGAUCCGGAUUGUAUUUUUUUAUAAAUAUAAUUAUAUCGUGCCAUUGUCUUUCAAAUGUGUCUUAAUGAAAAUGUUGAUUGUCGAUUUACAUACUUUUAAUUUUAAGAAAGCUUUUUUUACAUUUAGGGCUAAAUGUAUCAAAAUACCUGAUGAAUGACAGACUCUACAGAGUAUAAGAAUUUUAAACUUUUAUGAACCAAUUUGCAUUUUAAGCCAACAUUCCAAAAUACCCAAAUCUGUCAUUUAUUUAUAUUUUUGACAAUUUAACUCUAGGUGUUUGCUAUUUAUAUCAUUAUAUAAUAGGGUUAGUAGUGUUAUUUAUAUAUUUUACGUAGGUUUAUAUUUAGGUAUUAUUUUGUUGCUCAUGUUAGGAAGUUCUCUUUAAAUGUAGAAUAAUGGAUGCAAUUUUUCCUAUGGUAUGCAAUAAGUUUAAAUUAUGUAUAUUUUUGGUCUCUCUUUAUAUUUUUAUUAUAUUGCGGAAUAAAUAAUUUAUACAGUG